GCUAAUCCACUGAAUGAGGAUCGGACUGGGCGUCUCGCUUUGAAAGGAUCGCAUUAGGAAAACAAGGAUGCGGUUGAGUUACGAACGGGAAUUGUGGAACGGGGGGAACUGAAAUUAUUCGCCUCGAACUCAGUCAGCAUUCGAGUUUGGUAUAUCGAUUUAAAGUUGCGACCACCAAACUAAACUGAAAACUAAGAAAAGGAGUCACAGUGAGCUAUCUGACAACAAAAGAGCCCAAAGUGCGAGGUACAAGGCGAGGGUACGAGGGGGAUGCGCCAGAGGCUUGCCGACGGAGCCAGAGUUUCAGGACUGACCAGGCAGCUGUGGCCGAUGGCAUAACUCGGCAGCGGGGCGGCUGUUGGCCAGGGGUGCGGCGGUCCCAGCAAAAACUGAUUGCGGGUGCUCCGGGCGCUACUCCGAGACGCUCCCGUGUGAUAUUCCACAGGCGGGAACCAUGCCGGCCCUGUCCACCGGAUCUGGAAAUGACACAGGUCUGUACGAGCUGCUGGUCACUCUCCCCUCCCAGCUCCAGCCUCAUCUGGGCAGCCCGGAGGACUGUGCCUUUCUGCAGGACAUGUUCGGGGAGCAGAGCCUCCACUCACUGGUCAAGAUCCAUGAGAGGCUGCAGAAGUAUGAGGAUCAGAGCCCCCCUCCAAUCCUGGACAGUGCUGGGAAUCUGGCCCACGAGGUGACGCAGGAGCUCCAGAACAAGGAGGUCAGUGCUGAGAUAGGAGAACUUCUCAAACUGCUGGAGAAACCCCACGUCAAGGGUCUGUUGUCUGUCCACGACACUGUGGCUCAGAAGAGUUACGAACCCGAGCUCCCGCCGCUGCCGGACGACAUAGACGACGACGAGGACUCGGUGAAGAUCAUCCGGCUGGUGAAGAACAAGGAGCCUCUGGGUGCCACAAUAAAGCGGGAUGAGCAGACGGGAGCCAUAGUGGUCGCUCGAAUAAUGAGAGGAGGCGCUGCAGACCGAAGCGGCCUGAUCCACGUGGGCGAUGAGCUGAGGGAGGUGAAUGGAAUUCCGGUGGAUGACAGGAAGCCAGAGGAGAUCAUUCACAUUCUGGCGCAGUCCCAGGGGGCCAUUACGUUUAAAAUAAUACCAGCCAUCAAAGAGGAGACGUCAACCAAGGAGCCCAAGAUGUUUGUCAAGUCUCUCUUUGACUACGACCCUAAAGUGGAUAAAGCGAUCCCCUGUAAAGAGGCAGGGCUGGCGUUCAAGAAGGGGGAUGUCCUUCAGAUCAUGAGCCAGGAUGAUGCAACUUGGUGGCAGGCCAGACGGGACGGAGACGCCAACCCCAGAGCAGGCCUCAUCCCCUCCAAACAGCUCCAGGAGAGGAGGUUCGCACUCCGACGGCCCAUAGCCCUUGUUCCGCCCCAGAAAACCUCCAACCGAAGAUCAUCUGGCCUGCGGAGGAGCUUCCGUCUCAGCAGGAGGGACAAGAAGACUAACAAGUCAAUGUACGAGUGCAAGAAGAGCGAGCAGUAUGACAUGGCCGACGUCCCCACCUACGAGGAGGUCACCCCCUACCGCAGACAGCCUGGGGCCCGGCACAGGCUGGUGGUUCUGGUCGGGCCGACAGGGGUGGGUUUGAACGAGCUCAAGAGGAAGCUGCUGAUCUCGGACCCGCAGCAUUUCAGCGUUACCAUCCCACACACCACCAGGGCCAAGAGGAGUCAGGAGAGUGACGCAGUGGAGUACUACUUCAUCUCCAAGCACCUGUUUGAGACCGACGUCCACAAUAACAAGUUCAUUGAGCACGGGGAGUAUAAGGGCAACUACUACGGGACAAGCCUGGACUCUGUGCGCUCGGUCCUGUCUAAGAAUAAGGUGUGCCUGCUGGACGUGCAGCCCCAUACCUUAAAGCAUUUACGGACAGCAGAGUUUAAACCUUAUGUGGUUUUCGUGAAGCCUCCGCCAAUAGACCGCUUGCGGGAGUCCAGGAGGAAUGCCAAAACCAUCUCGGGCAAGGAUGACAAGGGAAACUCAGUGAAACCUUUCUCGGAGGAGGACUUCGAGGAAAUGGUCACCUCCGCCCAGGCGAUGGAGAGCCACUACGGCCACCUCUUCGACAAAGUCAUCGUCAACGACGACCUCACAGCAGCCUUCAGCGAGUUAAAGAUGGCGCUGAAAAAGGUGGAGGCAGAGACGCAAUGGGUCCCUGUCAGCUGGACACACUCCUAACUAAAGAGGACCGAGGGAGGGGGGCAAAAAGGGAGAAAGAAAAAGGGAAGGACAUUAAUUUUUUUCAAAGGAACUCCCUUAGAAGGCUUGCAAGAUUUCACUUCAUAGGGUGGCGUGAGCAUGAGUGUAUGCGUGCAUGCGUGUGUGUAUGAGCGUGUUUGAGCGUUCGUGUGCGUGCAUUAGUGUACACGCAUACACACGCACUGCUCGACAGUACUGGAAUAACUCUGGUUAUUCGCUCUUCCUCCGAGAGGGUCGCUUCUGUCUCUGUGUGAAAGCGGUAAAAGCACUGGAUUUGGGCUUGUGCAUGUACUGGCUGUGCUGCUGUGCCGUCUGUGUGACUGCCAACCAGCACUCUACCAGUGCACACUUGUUACUUAGUGUAUUCUUAGCAUUAGUUUAUAGAAACCAAAGGGAUUUAUCAUCUGGAAGUAAGGUUUACAUUUACAUGUACGUAUAGUGCACAGCCUCCAAGUGAGAUAGGCAAAAAAUGUUUGCCUUCAGUCUUAAAAUUUUAAAAACUCUUGACAGAACCCUCCAGUUUUAAAUGCCAAGUUAUGUCAGACUGACAGAAGAAAAUCACCGGUACAAGCAAAGAGGGCACUGUUGAAUUUUAUUUGAGAUGAAUUAAUAUAUUUUAAUAUUUUUCUGCUGUUUUACAUAUCUUUUUAUAUGCAUCUUUCCCAACUUUUUUAAGAGCAAUACAAUACAAUAUGAAAUGCAGUACAUUACCAAGAUAAUCAUUAAUGUGAAAGCCACAGUUCAUGGCUGGCUGGCUCAAAUGCAUCACAGCACAAGGGCCCUCAUUCUCUGCACAGAACAUCAUUUUGUUCAGUUUUAUAUUUCGUGCCGGGGCUAUUUUAAAUCCACUACCCUUCGUCUGAAGGUGCCCAACAUAACAGUUUGCCAUUAAAGCGACCAGACUUUGGCUCUCCUUUACAAGAAAUGUUCUCAAUCUUGUGUAAUUAGGGUGGAGUACAGUUGCAUAUAUUCUCAUAAAAUGGGUCUAAAACAAGGAACCUAACACAAGGUUCUAAGCAUUUCCAGAUUUACAACUGCAAAUAACUGCGUGGCUGCUUCUGACUUAAGGGUCAUGGUUUUAUAUAUAAAAGGUUAGAGCUGGUGGUUAUUUGGGCACUUACUGAAAAACUCUCUCACUCACUCACUCACUCUCACUCUCACUCUUACUCUUACUCUUACUCUCUCUCUCUCUCUCUCUCUGGCUCUUGCUGUCAGUCUCUCUGGCUCUUUUUUUCCCCCCCUCCAUCUUUCCAUCUUUUUCCACUUUCACUAUCGUAAUAAUUAUUCAAAAUUCACACUGUCAGUUGUCUAUCAGUGGUCUGUGCUCUUUUGGCUGUGUUUGGGGGAAUGUAGCAAGAGAGACUCCCCUCUCAGUUUUCUGCCUGUAUUUUUGUCAAGUCCUGACUCCAGAUUCUGAACAAUCCAGCUCAACAUUCCAUUUAAAUACCUCUUAGUCCAGAUUAGAUCACCAGCACUGCACUUUUUUAUAGUGUUUCAGUAGUUUGAAUUUCCACUCAUUGUUCAUUACAUCUGGCCUAUGUUACUUCAAUAUCUGAAGCAUACACUGUAGUAUCCAUCUCUUAAUGCAAUGUAUUUUCUCUCCCACAAUACAGCCGCAUCUAUUUUCUUACAUCUCUAAAGAUCAUGAAAAAGGGUUUUUCUGUUUACUGACAUAUUUACAUUUUAACUUAAUCCCACUGGAAGCCUCUGUUCAUUUGUUUUUCCCCGAACAAUUGAUUAUGUGUAUUUUUUGGUUUCAUUGUUAAUAUUAUCCUCUUAAUAUCAAUAUUCUUGAUAUCAAGUUUACUGUCUGUGCAAAUGAGCAGAUUAUCUUUUCUUACUGUACAUUAAAUUCUAUAUGCAUCAA